CAGGGUUUCUGUGUCGUGGUUUCUGUAAAAGCGAAAGACGGCACGUGCUAGUGAGCGGGACUGCGCAUGACUAAACUUCAAGUUCAAACUUGAACCGCAUGUACAUGUGCAUCAGUUUUCAAAAUGCUCUCUCGAGCGUGUCACCGAUGUAAGGGCACUACACAUGGGCCCGAAAAGCAUCUAUUGACGUGUCAGAACUGUCAUAAGUCGUGGCACGAUUGUACGCGUCUCUGUUCGAUAUUCAAGCUUGCGAACUCAUUCUGCGACUGCGCGGAUAUCCCCCAGGUUGUCAUAUACCUGCUAUCCAAGACCUAGAGAUACAGAUCCGCAUCAGAGGAAGUAUCCGUCCUCUUAUUACUAAACCCGGAGGUACGGAAGAAAGAAACGAUCCGAAUCAGCUCUCGCUAGAAAAUUGGCACUGUCGACGAUGCAAACCCCGAACCCCUCGACGACGUCAGUAAGUGAUACUCAUUUUGACUGUGAACGAACAAAUCCUUAUGUUCGACUUUGUAGAGGUCGUGCAAGAUCAAAGUGUG